CCUCAAAAGAGAGGCACUUUUUCACACACGAAGGGGAAAAUCAUAAACAUAACUGAAAAGAUAGUUGAUUUUAAAGGGCGCGCAGCUAGCCGGGGCGUGAAAACGGAUUUGUGAGGCGUUAUCACACACGGGCGCCUGUUAUACCGCACCGAUACGCCACAACUGCGCAGCAGCGACAGGGCAGAGCAAAGGGAGCAGCAGCAGCAACAACAAGCGAGAAGGAGAAGUAAUCAAAGUUGCUUGUUUUGAUUUCUACGGAACGGCGUCGCCACUCCCGCUCUCCGCUGCACGCUCCACGCUCCAGCAGCGCUCCGGAUAAAGCUGGCCAGGCAUAAUCAACUUGUUGCGGGAGGCAGUCGUCGCCCAGUAUUGAUUUAGUACAUGUAGCAGGCGGACGCUUCCCAGCCAAUAGCCAAUACACCAUAUUUUGUGUGCUGUUUUUAACAUAUUAUUCGUAUUCCCUGGGUGUGCGUGUGUGGUGUGUUGUGUGUGUCUGUGCUGUGUCAUUGGGAAUCCAAAGCGGAGGGGGGGGCGAGGAAGCGGGUAGGCGGAAGGAAGAAACCAAAACCGAAAGCGGAAUUAACGCAAUUGAGAACUAUUUUUAAUGACGAAGACGACGACGACGGCCCAAAGUUGAGCCCGCCCGCUAGCACACCAGAAAUCGAAUCCCCCGGCAGCAAUUGUCGACGGGCAUCGGUCUGUCGUUGAAAAUGUUUGAAACUCAUCAAAGAUUCACAAGUGAAAAAGGGCAGUGAUUAAACGGAACUGCCGGACAACGGAUCAAGGAGCAAGGAGCAAGCACAACACACCAUCGACAGACAGCAGCAUGGCCAUGGCCACCGAGAUGCGUUCAGAGCGACGCCUGCCCCUGUUUCCUAUUGAGCCAGAGCCACCGGCAACGGUCACGCAGCGCCUAACAAUACUGGUCACCAGGGUGCUACGUGCACUGCAAUUAAACUGGAGGAUUAUUGUUUCCGGCAUCACCAUGACACUGCUGGCCGUCAUCUGGUAUUAUCCGACCUUCUUUCUGUUCUUCGCCUUUGUCGUCUAUUCCCUGGUGCUGGUCUUUGCGGCUGUGGCCGGCACCGUCUAUAUCCAUUAUAUAUUCACCACCAAUGAGCCGACGCGACCAAGUCGCGUGCCCUCGCGACUUCUCUACAAUGCCACCAAAAGCAACAUUUUCGAUCUGCCCAAGCCCAUCAAGAACCCAUCGAAUCUGCCCCUGAUCUUUGGCAAGACGGUGGACCUGCAGCUGCAGCAGAUCAUUGAGUAUGUGCUGCGCGACUUUAUGCUGCCCUGGCUGGGAUAUGUGGUCACCAAGCCUAAGCUUAUCAACGAUGUGGUGCGCGAGGAUCUGUGGAAUGCCAUACAGAAGAUACAUGAAAGAGCCACCAAAAUGGAUGCAGCCAAGAUCAUAGCAGUGGAUAUGGUUAACCGGGUGACGGUGCAUUUGGAGAAGAUACGCAUAUCAGAGGCCAGGGCGGCGGAGACCAAUACGGCCCCCGUCUUCAGCACCAACUCGUAUCUGGCCGACGAGGACACGGAAAUGGAGUUCCUGCGCAAGCUGUGCGAGAUUAUGGUGAUUCUGUUGCUGCCACGCGGCUAUUCCCUGCCCCCCCUGAAGGUCCUGCUCAGCGAGAUUCUGUCCUACAAGAUCUUCUUUCCCAUGAUCAAAAUGCUGACUGCCCCGGAUUACAUUAACCAAAAGGUGGUUCAGAAUAUCGAGACUCGUCUGGCGGCGGCGGCGAUGAGCAAGCGGAGCUACGAGUAUGCGGCCAGCUUUGAGGAUUUCCUAAAGAUCAUCAACAACUCGGGCAGCUUGGAGGAGUUGUCGCUUAUACGCAAGAGCAUUGUGAACGAUCUAAUGCAUGCCACAACCAUGCAGAAUCUGCAGCGGGCCAAGGGCCUUGAUCCGGAUCAUGAGGAUCACUCGCUGACCAAGUCAGAGCACACAGCCGCCGUGCGGCUGAAGCGCUACGUACGCCAGCUGACGAUGGCCAAGUCCGAGUGUGAAAAAAAUCUGGCCAAGUUUGGCUGGAAUGGCAACUAUUCCAGCGAUAUAGACCUCACUCUGGUUGAGAUUCUUAAUACGGCUGUGGGCCGACGCUACUUCACCUUGUUCCUGGAACCGCUCAAGGCGAGCGCUCUGAUUGGCUUCUAUUUGGCCGUGGAGGAAAUCAAGCACGCACACAAAUCGGCCAGCCAUCAGCUGGGCACGGAGAUAUUCUACACAUACAUCCGGGUGCCCAAAUCGGAGAUUCAGAUCGAUAAGCACGAGCGGAAGCUGAUCGAGACGUUCCUGCUGGGCGACGCCGAUCCGGACAUCUUCUACGAUAUCCAGCGAAAUGUGCUGCGCACCCUGGAGGAGAAGUACUACCCGCCGUUCGUGCUGAGCGAUCAGUAUCGCCAGCUAAAGGAGGCGCUGGACUCCAACGAGAUCGCUGAUCCCACUCUCCUAAUGUGCCACGAUACGCCAGAGUCGCUGGCCGAUGACCAGGGUACGGGCGGUGGGUCGGAUGGUUGGAAUGGCGGCGGUAGCGGUGGCGGCAGUGGUGGCGGUGGUGGCGGCGCCAUCGAUGUGGCCGCGCACACCUCGUACGCACGACGCAAGCUGGAGCAGAUACAGGAACGCAUCGACAAAAAGAACCAGGCGCUGGAUGCCCUCAAGUAUUCGGUGAAGCCCGAGUCCAAGGUGCUAUCCAUACUCGAGAAGGAGAUGGAGUGGCUGAAGAGCGAGAAGCGUCAGACGGAGGCGCAUCUGAGGCGGACGGACGCCUGGACGGAGCACCUGGGCAAGUGGAAGGCCACCAUUCAGAGUGUGGAGGUCUCCGAUGAGAAGGAGUCGCUGCAGUUCAUGAUUUUGGUGCAUGUGGACGAGGACAUUAAUGUUCCCUCCCAGACUUCAGCAUCUAAAAACGGUGAUAGCGGUGGUGUCCACACAGGCGGUCAUCAACGAAGGCGGCCCUCGGGCAUUUCCAGCGGCUGGGUGGUGAUGCGUUCCCUCAACCAAGUGCAUGAGCUGCAAAGGAAGCUGCGGCAUGUUAGCUCCAACCUAAAGGCCCUCGACCUGCCCACGAACUUCAAGUUCUUCUUCUUGAAGACAGACCGACAUGGCCAGGAGAAGGCCAAGGCCCAGAUCCAGAAGUUUCUCAAUUUCAUUCUGGAGGACGACCAUCUGAAUGGCAGCGAGGCCAUCUACACGUUCCUCAGCCCCAGCUCGGAUCAUCUGAAGCAGUCGCUGCCCUCGCCCAAAAAGUCCAAGUUCUCGCUGGCCACGCUCUUCCGCAGCGAUGCGGGGAAGGCGCACGAGGUGGCCGCCAGUCGGGCCACCGAUCCCUUUUGGGGGCUGCAGCGCGACGACGAUGACAUUUCCACGUAUCUGGACGGUGAGUCGGGUAGCGAGGCAAAGCUCUUGCCCACGGAUCUUGAUAGCAAGGACUCGAUAGCGGAGCCCAUGUACGCCCUAAUGGGCGAGAUCUUCGACAUGGGCGGUGUCUUCAAGUGGCUGCGCAAGAGCCUCAUCUCCUUUGUCCAGAUCACGUAUGGCCGAACAAUUAACCGGCAGAUUCGUGAGUCGGUGGCCUAUCUGUUCGAGGAGUCCAUGCUGCACAACUACUUCUCGGCCAUCCUGAAAUCCUUUUGGCCGGGCGGUGUACUGGCGUCCGCCUAUCCGGCGCGUUCGGAGGAUAUGCGGGAAAUGACCAGCACGGCGGCCAAGGCCCUGCUCACCGACCAUAUACCGGAGGUGCUGUGCAAUCUGGUUGGGGCCCAGGCGGCCAGGAAAGGUGUGCUCAAGGUUUUCGAUGCCCUGCAGAAUCCCGUCUACAACAAGCAGCUUUUCUAUGAACUACUGGAGAUACUCAUGAUUGAGUUUUUUCCCGAGAUCCGUCAGCUGCGUGUGACGAACACGAAUGGCACCAAGCUUAAUACAGCCACGGCUGGAGCGGCGGCUGCCUCGGCUGCAGCUAGUUUGGCAGCGGCCACAGCGGCUGCUUCGUUGCCUUCGCUAAGCCACAGUGGAGGCGGCAGUGGAGGGGGAAGCAGUAUCUCAACUGGGCAGAAUCAUCUGGGAUCGACCUCAUCGGCCUCGAUGGGUUCGUCGACCAGUAGCAGCUCCUUGGGCGGCGGCAAUCAGCAGCAGUCGCACUAUCACCUUGGAUCCCACCACCAUCACCACCAUCUGCACCACCACUCGCAGCAGGCGAGCAGCUCCAAGUAGCUUUGGUUAGCUCCUGGAAGCCGGGGACUCCCGGUAGCUUCUGGAAACUCAAAGUAGCUCCUGGUAGCUCUCUCUUUGUUUUUAAUAUAUUUUUUGUUUUAAUUAUUUUUUGCGUUGAUUCUCUUUCUCUCUCUCUGUUUGUCCCUCUCGAAAAAUGAUCACAAAGAAUAGUUACUCAGUAGUAGUUAGCAGUUAUCAUUCCCUGUACAAAUGCAGACGGUGCACCGCACAUCCCAAUGAUUUCUGUCCAUUGUUAAUGAUGAUUCCCAUUCCCCCCCCUUGUUCCAUGUCCCCCAGUUUGUUAUGUAUGUAUGUAUAUGUGUAUAUGUCUGUACAUAUGUCUCUGUAUACGUGUAGGUCAGUAUUAAGCAUUGUACCAAAAUCGUUGUUUAUACUCGGGGCUUUGAUCGCAAGCAUAGUUUAUGUAGUAAAGGAUACCGAGCUGCAUUCUUGGGUCACAACGGUGCGAGAUUUUGAUUUAGAGGCAAGGAUACACAGGCUUUAAAGUCAGGUCUAGGAUUAGAGAGAGGUCCAAAGCUUUCGUUCGAUUCAAAUAAUUUAUUUGUAAUUAGUGGAAAUUUAAGUUAAGCUAGAGGAGUUUUCCUUUUGUUUUUCACAAAUAAAAACUUGUCGAAUUUUA